UCAGAUACUUACUAGCUGUGUGACCCUGGAUGUGGAACCGGCAAGGACCUCCGGAAGUCAUCCAGCUCCACCCCGUCAUUUCACAGCUGAGGACACUGAAGCCUGAGAAGUGAAGGGACUUGCUCAAAGUCAUUCAGUGAUAAUUGUCAAACCUGCCACCAUGUCCCAUGAGAAGAGUUUCUUGGUGACUGGGGAUGUUAAUACCUCUGCCAACCCUGGAUACCCUGGGGGGUCUCAGCCUCCAAUGCCCCCCUAUGGUCAACCACCCUACCCUGUGGCCCCCCACCCACAGCCCCCCUUUCAGGCUGGUUAUGGCCAACCAGGGUAUCCUCAGGGGCCCUACCCUCAAGGGCCCUAUCCUCAGGGGCCCUAUCCUCAGGGCCCUUACCCAGCAGGGGGCUACCCCCAGGAUGCUUACCCAGCAGGAGGCUACCCCCAGGAACCCUACCCACACAGACCUUUUCCCACCAAUCCUUAUGGACAGCCACAGGACUUUCAGGACCCCAACUCACCAAUGCAUGGAAACUACCAUGGGGAAGGGCCUCCAUCCUAUUAUGACAACCAGGACUUCCCAACCACGGACUGGAGUGACCAGAGCAUCCGUAGGGCAUUUAUUCGAAAGGUGUUCCUGGUCCUUACCCUGCAGCUGACUGUGACCCUUUCCUCUGUGGCUGCAUUCACCUUUGUGGAAGAUGUGAAGAUCUUUGUCCGGACCCAUGUCUGGACCUACUAUGUCUCCUAUGCCUUCUUCUUUGUCUCUCUCAUUGUCCUUAGCUGCUGUGGGGAUUUUAGACGAAAGCACCCUUGGAACCUCAUUGCCCUGUCCAUCCUGACCCUGAGCUUGUCAUACAUGGUGGGCAUGAUUGCAAGUUUCUAUGAUACGGAUGCAGUCAUCAUGGCCGUGGGCAUUACCACUGUGGUCUGCUUCACUGUGGUCAUCUUCUCCCUGCAGACCCGGUAUGACUUCACCUCCUGUAUGGGGAUCCUCCUGGUGAGCACAGUGGUACUGUUAAUCUUUGCCCUCCUCUGCAUCUUCAUCCGCAACCGGAUCAUGGAGAUAGUCUAUGCCUCACUGGGAGCUCUGCUCUUCACCUGUUUCCUGGCAGUGGACACCCAGCUGCUUCUGGGGAACAAGCAGCUGUCUCUGAGCCCCGAGGAGUAUGUGUUUGCUGCCCUGAACCUCUACACAGACAUAAUCAACAUCUUCCUCUACAUCCUUGCCAUCAUCGGCCGGGCUAAGGAGUAGCCCUGGCUGGGCCCUGCCUGGCCACCAACCCCUUCCUUCCUUCUCUGUUUUCUCCUUCCCUCUUUUCUCCUAACUCUCUCCCAGCUCUUUUCCUUCCUCCCUUCU